GAUUCAAUGGAUCAAGUAAAUGGUUCAGCAGUAACUGAAUUUGUGUUAGUGGGACUUGCACAUUCCUUAGAAAUGCAGCUUUUUCUUUUUCUUUUCUUCUUUUUGUUCUAUGUAGGUAUUAUCCUGGGAAACCUUUUCAUUGUAUUUACAGUGAUUUUUGAUUCUCAUUUACACUCUCCCAUGUAUAUUCUAUUGGCCAACCUAUCACUCAUUGACCUGGGCCUUUCAUCUACCACAGUUCCUCGGAUGAUAUCGGACCUGUUCCAUGAUUAUAAAAUUAUUUCCUUCCACAGCUGCAUGACGCAAAUGUUCUUUAUCCAUGUUAUGGGAGGAGUUGAAAUGGUAUUACUGAUAUCCAUGGCAUAUGACAGGUACACGGCAAUUUGCAAACCUCUUCAUUAUCUAACUAUUAUGAAUCCAAAAAUGUGCAUAAUUUUGAUAGUGACUGCUUGGAUCACUGGGUUUAUUCAUGCUAUGUUUCAGUUUGUUUUUGUCAUAAAUUUACCUUUCUGUGGCCCUAAUGAUGUGGGUAGCUUUUAUUGUGAUUUUCCUCGGGUGAUUAAACUUGCUUGCAAAGACACUUACAGUUUACAAUUUGUGGUUACUGCCAACAGUGGUUUCAUAUCUAUGGCCACUUUUUUUUUCUUAAUUCUAUCAUACAUCUUUAUUCUGGUCACUGUCAGGCAACAUUCUUCAAAGGAUUUAUCCAAAGCCUUCUUCACGUUAUCAGCUCACAUUGCUGUGGUGGUUUUGUUUUUUGCUCCAUGCAUGUUUCUCUAUGUGUGGCCUUUCCCUACUCAGUCAUUGGAUCAAUUUUUUGCUAUUGUGGACUUUGUUGUCACUCCUGUCCUAAAUCCUACCAUUUAUACCUUAAGGAACAGAGAUAUGAAGAUGGCAAUGAAAAGGCUGAGUCAACAAGUUAUAGGUUCUAGAGAUAUGACAUAA